UUUCAAGAGAAAAAAACAAAUAAAGUAAAGAUCUUUGUGUGUGGGUUUAUAUAUUGUGGUGACCAUUGCAUAAUUGAAAAGUUAAGUAAAUGGGUAGGGACCAAUAGAAACCAAGUCAAAUUACAUAGAGAUAAACUUGUCUAAUCUCUCCCGCCACCCACUCCUAUCUUCCUCUAAUCUCGCCUCUCAUCUCUCUUUCUUCUCUCUCUCCUCUCUCGUCAUAUAAAAGACAUUAAACUCAUUCUUAAUCCAACUCUUCUAAAGUCAUCUCUCUUCUAUCUAUCUAUCUCUGUUUUUUCUUGUUUUGUUUCUUGUCUCUUCUUGAGAGCUAAAAAAAAAUCAAAUGGCCAUUGUCCACGUUGAUGAUUCAUUCAAGAGACCUGGAACUAUACCUUUUAGCUGGGAGAUCCGACCCGGUGUACCCAAAACCCGAAUGUCUCAACCCGGUAACACUACUCCUCUUCAGCCUCCAAAGAAACUCUCUCCUCUCCGGUUAAAACCUUUGUCUCACUCUCAGCCUCUUCUACCGCCGGCGUUAUCUCCACCGUCUUCUUCUUUCAUCUCCAACUCCAAAAGCCGUCCUUUAUCUCCUCUCACUCCCCAUUCCUUUUCUACAACCCCAUCGAAGCUCAAGCCGCCACCAACACCGUCGUCGUUUGCUGGAUUCUACUCUCCGGGUCCUUCUUUCCGAUCCUCUCCGCGUGCUUUCUCGGAACGGUGGCAGCUCCACCGCCCUAACCGGAUUCGACCCGGAUCUGAACCCGAACCAAGUUCCGAUUUUUCUGUUGCCGGGUUCGGGUGUUUCCCGUCGCCUAGGUUUAGGUUGAGGAAGAAUAAGAGCGGUGGUAGUCGGAGGAAAACCGGGUCGAGAUCGGAGAAUGAUUACUACUGCUCCGACAUGGAGACGAUGUCGCCGUGGACUGUUUCUAGCCGGAGAUCGGUUUCUCCGAGAUGGGAAUCACCCAAGUCGUCGUUCUCUUCCCUCCGAUUCUCGCCACGAAUCGCCAACGAGGCUGAAUGGGUUGGGUUUGGACUCUUUUGAGCACAUUUGGCUCGCGAUCGGUUCUUUAGCCAUCCGAACAGCUUCUUGAAUCGCUCAAAUCAAAUUAAAGCAAAUGUUGGGCUAAAAUGGGAGUUUUCAAAAGUUUAGGGUCCUAUAUCUAAUGUCCUUAGAGUUUUCACAUCUUUGUAGUAUAAUUUGUGGAAUGUGGAUGUCUAAAGACAAUCCACCAUUUUGAAGUUUUUGAGUGCGAGGGAUGAAAGAUUGUAAGAUAUGAAAAGUAAAAUUGAAUUUUCUUACAAGUAGAGGAAUUCAAAAAUCACACUAAAAGUAAACAUUUUCUGCGA